AUGACCGAGGUGCGGAGGGUGCGGCGGAGGGCGCAGCCGCAGCGGCCCGUCGCUGGCACCUCGGGCAGCUGCGACAGCGGCGUGCGCUUCUACGCCGCGAGGAGCCGGGCCGCUAAGGAGUCGGCGAGCUGCUUCGCCAUCGCCGAGCGGCUCCACCAGUUCGCCGUCGUGGACGGCGCCCGCGCCGGCGGGGAGCCCAGCAGCCGGGAGGCGACGCAGAGGUGCGCGCAGUUCUGCGCUGGGCAGCUGUCACGGCUGGUCUCCUACGCCUUCGCCGAGCAGGCGCGGCAGGGCGCGCUGGGCUCCGAGGGUGCCGAGGCCGUGGCCGAGGCCGAGGCCAGCGGCGCGUUCGACGCCUGGGGCGGCGGGGCCGCCCAGGCGCCGGAGGUCACUCGGGCGGUCUCCGCGUGGGCGUCGGCGCUGCAGGACGGCUUCGCCCUCUGCGAGCAGAAGCGCGCUUCAGCAGUUCGCCUCGGAGCAGGAGGGCGGCUGCGGCGCCCUCCUGUGUGUCGUCGCGCGCAGCGGCGUCUACGUCGCCAGCGUGGGCCUCGGGCGGGCCGUGGUGGGCACAGAGGAGGAGGAGGGCAGCUCGAUCAUCUGCGACGAGGUCUCGAACCCGCACUGCGUCGGCAACGAUCCCGGCUGGGUCGGCGUCACGCCAGACGGCAUGGUGCUCCCCGAGCUGCCGGAGGGAGCUCAGACGCGGAUGCUGGGCGCUGCGGCUGCGAAGCGGACCAGCGCCUCACCGCGCAGCCCGACGUCGUGAGGCACGACCACGCCGACGCCCGGCGCUUCGUCAUCCUCGGCUCCCCGGGCGUGUGGACGCAGGGGCCGCGGCUGCCGCUGCAGUGGGCCGUGGAGGCCUACCGGAGCGGCAGGAGAGCCCGGCGGACGAGCUGGUGCGGAGGAGCGAGGGGGACACCGUGGCGCUCGUGCUCGUGCUGCCGCCCGGACUGGGCGGCGCGGGCGGUCCCCUGCCGCCGCACGGCGCCCUGGCGUGAGGGGCUCCGCUCGCGGGGGCGGCGCGGGCCGGUCGCCGCUGCUCAUCA